AUGGAUACUCUUCAAGAAUAUGAGGAAAUAUCUGGGCAGCUGAUAAACAAGAGAAAAAGUUCUUUUUACAUGUUCAGCAAAGUUUCAAAUGAGUUGAGUCAGCAGGUUGCAGCAGUAACAGGAUUUGUGAGAGGGAAAUUUCCUUUUACAUAUCUUGGAGUACCAAUUACUCAUGUCAGGAAAAGGAAAGUGGAUUAUACUGAGUUAUUGAAGAAAGUCAAAGACAGGUUGCAAACUUGGAAAGGAAAGUUACUGUCUUAUAGUGGAAAAGCAGUGUUGAUUACAAGUGUCCUUCAAAGCGCUCUCAGCUAUAUGGUUCCCCAGUCCUGGCGUAUCAAUGAUCAUGCUGAAGAUGUUUCUGAGCUUAUUUCAAAUGGAAGAUGGGAUAUUAAAAAGCUCAUGCAGCUGUUUCCUGAAGAUAUAGUGCAGCAUAUAACACAGGAAAUUGAUAUUAAAUAUGCAUCAAAUGAAUGGGACAGAUCUUGGUAG